AUGUCAAGGGCGGGAUGUCAACUUCAGCUGAAGGAUGUCAACUUCAUCUCCUGUUGUCUCUGCAGUCGGUCUUCAACAAAGCCUGGUGCGUCCUCGACUGAAGAGUCCCAUCCUCGACUGCUGCAGGAGUCUCAGGGCCUGGAAGUGCUUGGACUUGAAGAACAGCUGUGGCCCAUCGAUGGGGCCGCGCACUGGUGUCGUCGCUUGAGGGAGCUGCGUGAGGCGUCUCCCGCGGAUGAGGCACUGCGGGUGCUGGAGGAGGUGAAGGCUUCCACAGGCUGUUUUCUGGAGUUCAUUGGUUCCGGCUCGACCUUGCGCGCGGUGGGCACGCCCGAAGAGCUCGCGAAGGUGGAGCCGAUCUUGGAGAAGUGGCUGCGAUGA